UGUCCGGUCACUGGCAGCAGAGCGGGGCCCGGGAAGGACUUCACUAGUAUCAUACAGACAUGCAGCGGCAACAUCCAGAGGAUCACCAACAACACUACUCAGAUUCAGACCUUAUUAAAUCAGCUUGGAACCAGUAAAGAUUCAAGUAAACUUCAGCAGAACCUAGAGCAGAUUCAACAUUCCACAAAUGUCUUGGCGAAGGAAACAAACACUUACUUGAAGGAUCUUGCCUCGGUUCCUGCUCCACUGUCUCCGAAUGAGCAGCGUCAGCAGAAACUGCAGAAGGAACGUCUUAUGAAUGAUUUCUCUGCUGCACUGAACCGUUUCCAAGCUGUCCAGAGACAAGUGUCUGAGAAGGAAAAGGAGACUGUUGCUCGUGCAAGAGCUGGAUCACGUCUAUUGGGAGAUGAAAGGCAGAAGGAAGAGCAGCUUGUUUCGUUUGACAACAAUGAGGACUGGAACCAGAUGCAGGACCAAGAAGAAGAUCUUGGAAUUACAGAACAGGACCUGGAACUUAUAAAAGAGAGGGAGAGUGCCAUCAAGAAAUUAGAGGCGGACAUUCUUGAUGUCAAUCAGAUUUUUAAAGACCUGGCAGUAAUGAUUCAUGAUCAAGGAGAGAUGAUUGAUAGUAUAGAAGCCAAUGUUGAAAGUGCUGAAGUUCAUGUAGAAAGAGGGACUGAACAGUUACAGAGAGCAGCAUAUUACCAGAAAAAGUCCCGGAAGAAGAUUUGUAUCUUGGUACUUGUCCUUGCCAUUGUAGCUAUAAUUCUGGGCUUUAUUAUAUGGCUGUCUGUAAGAUCCUGA